AUGAAGAACUGUGAAAGUGAGGCUGAAAAUCUUGAAGCACAACCCCAGUCUACUGUUCGUCCAGAAGAAAUCCCUCCAAUACCUGAAAAUAGAUUCCUAAGGAGAAAAAGUCCUCCUAAAGCUGAUGAAAAAGAAAGGAAGAACAGGGAGAGAGAGAGAGAGUGUAAUCUACUUAACUCGCAGCCUGCUUCAUACCAGAGGUGACUUUUAGUUACUAGGUCUGGCAGGAAAAUUAAAGGAAGAGGACCAAGGCGUUACCGAACUCCUUCUAGAUCCAGAUCCAGGGAUCAUUUCAGACAUAGUGAGACUCCUCCACAUUGGAGGCAGGAGAUGCAGAGAGCUCAAAGAGUGCGGGUAUCAAGUGGUGAAAGAUGGAUCAAAGGGGAUAAGAGUGAGUUAAAUGAAAUAAAAGAAAAUCAAAGAAGCCCAGUUAGAGUAAAAGAGAAAAAAAUAACCGAUCAUAGGCAUGUUUCUGAGAGUCCAAACAGAAAAAGUGAAAAGGAAAAGAAAGUUAAAGACCAUAAAUCUAACAGCAAAGAGAGAGACAUCAGAAGAAAUUCAGAAAAAGAUGAUAAAUAUAAAAACAAGGUAAAGAAAAGGGCCAAAUCGAAAAGUAGGAGUAAGAGCAAAGAGAAAUCCAAGAGUAAGGAAAGAGGUACAAAGCAUAAUAGACAUGAAGAAAAGAGGAUGAGGUCAAGGAUUAAAGAAAGGGAUCCUGAGCAUGUUAAAGAAAAGGAAAAGUCUGACUCUAAAGGAGAAGAUCAGGAAAGGAGUAGAAGUCAAGAAAAGUCUACAGAAUCCAAAAGCAAUGAGCAUGAUCAUAAUAAAAGUAAGGACAAGGACAGACGUGCACAGUCUAGGAGUAGAGAACGUGAUGAAACUAAAGGCAAACACAGUUACAAUAGUAGAACAAGGGAACGAAGCAGAAGUCGGGACAGGAGCAGAAGAGUGCGGUCUAGAAGCCAUGACCGAGAUCGCAGCAGAAGCAAGGGGUAUCAUAGAUACAGAGAACAGGAGUACAGGAGAAGAGGAAGGUCACGGAGCCAAGAGAGAAGAGCAACGCCAGGAAAAUCAAGAAGUAAAGAUAGGAGGAGAAGGAGGAGAGAUUCACGGAGCUCAGAGAGAGAAGAAAGUCAAAGCAGAAACAAAGAAAAAUAUAGAAACCAAGAAAGUAAAAGUUCACACAGGAAAGAGAAUUCUGAGGGUGAGAAAAGAAUGUACUCUAAAAAUCGUGAUCAUAGUAGCUCAAAUAGUAACAGGGAAAAAAAGGCUGAUAGAGAUCAAAGCCCAUUCUCAAAAAUGAAACAAAGUAAUCAGGACAAUGAAUUAAAGUUCUCCACUUUGAAAAAUAAGGAGGAUGAGAAGACCAGAUCCUCAGUGGAAAAAGAAAACCAAAAAUCAAAGGGUCAAGAAAAUGACCACACACAUGAUAAAAAUAAAAAAUUUGAUCAUGAAUCAAGCCCUGGAACAGAUGAAGACAAAAGUGGAUGAGUGAGUUAUAUAAACUUAUUUCCAUUCUGUCUCAAAUUUUAAGUUUUAGAGACUUGCUGAUGAAUCCCCUUUAUGUUGUUUUCUUUUCAUUGUUUUGGGUUUAUGUUUGUCCUUUUUUUUUUUUUUUUUUUCCAAUGUGGACUUUAUUGAGUCAAUCUUUUGAUAAUCUGCAACCUGGA